ACCGCGCAGGCGCAGGCGGCCAAGAGUCCGACCACAGUCCCGGAGCCUCAAGGUUGCGCCCGUGCCAUCGCGGCCACUGCCACCGCUCACUAUGAUCCCGGGUCCCCGUCUGCUGCUGGCCACGGUGCUCUGCUUGGGGCUCGGCGCGCUGGUGUCUUCUUCGGGGUCCUCGGGCGUCCGAAAGCGAGGUCCCUCGGUGACCGCCAAGGUCUUCUUUGAUGUGAAGAUUGGAGACAAAGAUGUGGGUAGAAUUGUGAUUGGCCUCUUUGGAAAAGUGGUACCCAAGACGGUGGAAAACUUCGUGGCUCUGGCAACAGGAGAGAAAGGCUACGGGUAUAAAGGAAGCAUCUUCCAUCGUGUCAUCAAGGACUUCAUGAUUCAAGGAGGGGACUUCACCGCGAGGGAUGGCACCGGAGGUAUAAGCAUUUAUGGUGAGACAUUUCCUGAUGAGAACUUCAAACUCAAGCACUAUGGCAUUGGGUGGGUCAGCAUGGCCAACGCUGGCCCCGACACCAAUGGCUCCCAGUUCUUCAUCACCUUGACCAAGCCCACCUGGUUGGAUGGCAAACAUGUCGUAUUUGGAAAAGUCCUGGAUGGGAUGACUGUGGUACACUCCAUAGAACUUCAAGCCACGGAUGACCAUGACCGCCCACUUACCGACUGCACCAUCGUCAACAGUGGCAAGAUAGAUGUGAAAACGCCUUUCGUGGUCGAGGUCCCCGACUGGUGAUAGACAUGGCGGAAAUCAAGGAACACACUCUGGCUGGUCCGUGUGUGCAUCUGCUAUCCAUCAGGUGUCUUUUGACUCUUUAGUUAAAGUUGUACUUCAAACAACAACAACAACAAAAAUUCUCUUUUAAUUUCCCACUCCAGAUUGCAACGAAGAUUUAAAAAUCAACCACACAGCCAGAUGUCCUGGCAAACACCUGUAAUCCCAGCACUAGAGAGGUGGAAGCAGGAGGAUUAGGGGUUCAGGGCCAGCCUUGGCUACAUAGUGAGUUUGAGGCUAGCCUAGUCUAUGUGGAACCCUGUUUCAAAAACCAUGCCAAACAACAAUAAAAAUCAACCUAAGCUUAUAGUGCAUGAAUUUUGGCAUAUCACCUGCUCAGGUACUUUAAACAGAAACAACAUCUCCUUCCUUUCCAAUGGUGCUAUUUUGAAAUCUGAAAACUUCACAUUGGCUAUUUAUUUUUAAGAACACGGUCUUUCAUUUGUUUGGUUUCACUUAGUUUCUUGUCUUCUCUAUGUUGGGUGAUCUGGAAAGUUUGUUUAAGAACGGUGACUAAGGCGAGGCUUAGCAGUCUUUGUUCAAAUAAUUCUUGUCAGGUAAAGGGAAAUUUGAGUAAUAUCAUAUGUCGUAUGUCAUCAGCAUUUUUGUGCUUUAAUGUUCUUUAUAUUAAAUACUUUUUAUAUGAAUUGGC